UGCUCCCACCCACCAAAGGGUAUAAAUAGCUCUCCUGAUAUAAAAGGAUUUUUGAAAGUUGGGCACUCGUAUAUAAAGCUCAUUUUUCUCCCAAAAAAAACUCGAUUUAACCACUCGCGUGUAGAUUAUUAAAAAUUUUAAAUUUUUUUGCUCUUUCUUUUACGGAUUAUUUCCACUUAUUAAAAUAUAAUGUCUAACAGUAUUGUGGCCACUGUAUAUAGUGGAGUCAUAAGGGAUGUUAUUGAUAAUGUAAGGAAAGAUUUUGAUGAGAAUGGUGUCGACGUGUCUGUUUUGGGUGAACUAGAAAAAUUGUGGGAACAAAAGAUUAGAAAUGCAAAAGUCGCACCCUGGGAGGCUAACGGGUUAACUGGUGAGGACCACAACCAAAAUAAUCAAAAUAUGAAUGGUGGUUCAAGUAAUUCUGCGCAUUAUAUGCAACAACAAUCCCUGCAACAAAUUCAAGCACAAAAUGAUCCAAAUUUAAAGGCUGCAGCAUCUCUUCCAAGUCUUGCGGUCAAUAAUAUGCACACUAAUCAUAAUAAUGAAGGCAGGCCUCAACCCUAUAUAAAAAAUGGUAACAUUCAAUUAACGGCACAAUCCUCACCGACCUCAUUUCCCACUUCAUCUGAUAUCUCGAACAGCACUCCAAUAAACAAUCAAGCUGACGAUCAAAAGAUAUACCACCAACAUCAUCAAAACCUUCAUACAAUGAUGGGACAACAGGAUGAGUUUGGAAAUCCUUUGAGUGAAAAACUUAUUCCUCGUGGUGGUGGUGAAAAUAGUGCGAAUAGUUCACCUCUUCCGGAAUUUACCACUCGGUCGGAACCAUCAUUUGUAGAUAACGAUGAUAUUAAUUCUGAUCUUGAUGAUACAGAUGAUGAGGAGACUAAUGCCGAAGGCGAAGAAACACAAAAUAUCAUUCUGUGUUUGUAUGAUAAGGUCACACGCACAAAAAAUAAAUGGAAGUGUCAAUUGAAGGACGGUAUCAUGUCAGUGAAUGGCCGUGAUUACCUCUUCCAAAAGGGCAAUGGGGACUUUGAGUUUUAAUUUCUAUUAGAACCCAUUAGGAACCGCAUGUUAUGAAUUUAAUAUGUAGGUAUUCCUAAAGAUUUAUAUUAAGUACAUUUAUGCUUUGCUAAUCAGGAAUAGAUCUCAGUUCUAUUAAAAUUGAAUUGAGUGACUGAUCAAAGAAUCCGGAAUCAAAGAUAACAACACGUUUGUGUUCAGGUGUUUAUCUUUUUUUAAUUAUGUACAAGUAAUGUUAAUUUGUAUUCCUGGUUUAUUUCUUUUCUCUUUUGUUUUAUUAGUUUAUCUCUUACUUAAAAAAGAAAUACGAUAUGUACACGUAUUACAAAAAAAGAUAUAAAAAAAAAAAAA